AUGACUGCAUACGCAAAGCCGGUGGUUAAAGACUCGUCCUUGAAGACUAUUCUUCUGGACGGCAGUUGGUACGACUUCCUGCAUGGUCAGGCGCUGUUCCUCCGCGACCGGUGUCCGGUGGACAAGUGUAGCGUCCACCAGGGCAGUGCCUCCUCGGGGGACGCCGCGUCGGUGGACGCCAUCAUAUUCAAGGACGGCUACGGCUACGGCCCCAAGAAGAAGGGCAACCACCAGCUGUGGAUCCUGUACCUGCUCGAGAAUCCCUUGCACUCGUACAUCGGGGAAGACUCGAGCGGCAUCGACCUGACGGCCACGUACAGGAAGGACUCGGAUAUUGUGACGCCGUACGAAAGGUUCGUGCUCUUCGACCCUCUAGUGAAGACGAUCAAGCGCAACCACGACUACGGGCAGAACAAAACCAAGAUGGUCGCCUGGUUCGUUUCCAAUUGCGCUGCCAGCAAUUCCCGCCUCGAAUACGCGCGCAAACUGGGCGAGUACAUACAGGUGGACAUCUACGGUCAGUGCGGACCUCUCUCGUGUCCACGAGACCAGAGCGAGAGAUGCUACCAGAUGCUGGACACGGAGUACUACUUCUAUCUUUCCUUCGAGAACGCCAACUGCAAGGACUACAUCACCGAGAAGUUCUUCAAUGCCCUACGCCACAACGUGGUCCCCGUGGUGAUGGGCGCCUCCCGCGAAGAGUACCGGGCCGCGGCUCCGUACCACUCGUACAUUCACGUGGACGACUUCGCGUCCCCCAAGGAGCUGGCCGAGUACCUCCGCCUGCUUAGCAGCAACCGUUCGCUGUACAACCAGUACUUCGAGUGGAAAGGCACCGGGGAGUUCGUGAACACGUACUUCUGGUGCCGGCUGUGCGCAAUGCUGCACGCGCCACCUCGGCCGGCAAAUAAGCAGCGCAAGACAAGCGUCCACGAGUGGUGGCGAAACGGCGCCUGCAAAACGGUCAGCCGCGAACCCUUCGUCUGACGGUGCUCAGUCCAUAGGCUCGACGCGCAUUUUCGCCGCACAUGUGAGACUGUGACUGAUACAUGUCGGUGUGGGCUACAAUAGUCUGUGUAUGUGUUGUCGUGUGACUCGUUGGUGCGUGUCGGGACAGAUGCUGAAAGUGUACAAGAAACUGCGCGGUAGCCGAGCGGGUCACGGGAAGUCCGUACUAUACCUUCUUGUUGUCUGUUCUUGUGUCGCAUUGUCCGUGCUUCCUGCCCAUGUUAAUUCUUUUUUUUUGUAUCUUAGAUUGUACAUAGUCAAGCUGUGAUUGGUAGUUCGCAGCACCGAGAACAAAACAGCGCAUUAAAAUGUAUGAAGCACUGAGGAGGAUAAAGCAUGCAGACUAAGCAGCUAUCCUCGUCCGAUGCAGAGUAUUUAAGUUGACGUUUUCGUUUUUGUAAUCAUAUACCAUUUUGGGUCUUUCUUAGCGUCUGUUUGUGUAGUCGCUACUAUUUU